AUAGGGAGACAUGAACCGGAAAAGGUGCCAAAGAGGCAUGGAAUUAUAAUUUUGAAAUUAGAGCUUGUUUAUCAGUUGAUGUUUGUGGGACUGGACGGAAUAAACCGUAAAGGUCGAGGGCAAUUUUUUCCCAUGAUCCUCGCGCCGGUCAUUCAUAUGACAAGAAAAGAAAAGAAAAGCAUCGUUAGUCUUUAUGGAAUAGCUUUCCAUCUUCUGCCUGCAGUCUGUAAACAAGUUAUCUGUGGUGUCGAAUAUGCAAACAGGUUAUAA